AUGAACAAGACAACCCAAACUUCAGCCAUCAUGAAAACUUUCCUCUUGUUCAGUGGCCUUCUGUCCGCCAUUGGUCGUGUUCAUGCCGAGAAUCCCAUCGUACAGACCCAGUACACAGCUGAUCCGGCACCUCUUGUGGUCGGGGAUCGCGUCUACCUCUUCACCGGUCACGAUGAAGACAACUCCACCAACUUCGACAUGCGCGAAUGGCUCCUAUUCUCCUCUGUUGACAUGGUCAACUGGCAGCACCACGGAUCGCCCAUGAACGUCGCCACUUUCGCGUGGGCUGAGGCCAAUGCGUGGGCCGGGCAGGCCAUUGAGCGCAACGGCAAGUUCUACUUCUACGUCCCGACGACCGCGAUCAACGGCAGCAUGUCCAUCGGCGUGGGCGUGAGCGACACCGUCACAGGCCCCUACGUCGACGCCAUCGGUGCCCCUCUCCUUGGCAACGGACAGAUUGACCCAACGGUUUACAUCGACGACGACGGGCAGGCGUACAUGUAUUGGGGCAACCCGGAUCUGUUGUAUGUCAAGUUGAACGAGGACAUGAUCUCGUACAGCGGAGAAAUCACCAAAGUGGAUCUCACCGCAGAAGACUUCGGGGCUCGUGAAGGCAAUCCGUCGCGUGCUACCACCUUCGAGGAGGCUCCGUGGGUGUACAAGCGGGGCGAUUUAUACUACAUGAUUUUCGCGGCAGUGUGCUGUCCCGAGGACAUUCGAUACUCGACUGGCCCGACUAUCACAGGGCCAUGGACCUACCAAGGCCAGAUCAUGCCCACAGAGGGCGGCAGUUUCACGAACCACCCGGGCAUCAUCGACUUUGCCGGCAAGUCCUACUUCUUCUACCACAACGGCGCUUUGCCUGGAGGCGGGGGCUUCACACGUUCCGUUGCUGUGGAAAGUUUUGAGUACAACGCCGACGGAACGUUUCCCCUGCUGAAGAUGACAACCGACGGACCUGCGCAGGUUGUCAACGUGGAUCCUUACGUCCGUCAGGAGGCUGAGCUCAUUGCGUGGUCGGAGGGAGUCGAGGUCGAAGCGUCAGGCGAAGGUGGGAUGAGCGUCGCAUACAUCAAUGAUGGAGAUUACAUCAAGGUCAAGGGAAUUGACUUCGGGGACGGUGCGGCAUCUUUCACUGCCCAGGUUGCCUCAGCCACUGGCGGCGGGAACAUCGAGUUGCACCUUGACAGUAUCUCUGGUCUUCUUGUUGGUACGUGUGAUGUCUCUAGGUCUGGAGGCUGGCAGUCGUGGACGUCUGUGACCUGUGCUAUCAGCGGCGCGGAAGGGGUCCAUGAUCUGUUCUUCAAGUUCACUGGUGAUGGAUCGGACUAUCUCUUCAACUUCGAUUGGUGGCGAUUCGACAAAUGA